UUUAUCUGGAAGAUGUUUUGUAUGAAGGCAUAUCGGACACGUAACUUUGACAGGUUAAGCCUUUAAAUAUUAAUGCCCCUAUUCGCUUUUCCUCAGUCGUCACCUCAUUUUCUAAAUGGUGCGGGUCACUCUGUUUCUGCUGCUGCUACUUGUAUCCGAUGUAGUCUCCGACCACUUCAUCGUUGAAACUCUUCCUGGAUUUCAUGGAAAACUUCCAUUUACACUCGAAACUGGUUACAUUGGUGUUGGAGAAGAGGAAAAAGUGCAGCUAUUUUAUUUCUUUGUACCAUCUGAGAGAGACCCACUAAAUGACCCUCUCAUGAUUUGGCUCACUGGAGGUCCUGGUUGUUCUGGUCUGUCUUCCUUUGUAUAUGAGAUUGGCCCUUUAACCUUUGAUUAUGCAAAUUCUAAUGGAAAUUUCCCAAAACUGGAGUUGAACUCAUAUUCUUGGACCAAGGUGGCCAACAUAAUAUUUAUAGAUCAACCUGCUGGCACAGGCUACUCAUAUGCAAACACUUCAGAAGCUUACAACUGCAAUGAUACCCUCUCUGUAACUCUAACUUAUGACUUCCUUAGAAAGUGGCUUAUGGAUCAUCCCGAGUAUCUCAACAAUCCACUAUAUGUUGGUGGUGAUUCCUACUCAGGCAUUUUUGUUGCACCGCUUACUCGCAAAAUAUACGAUGGUAUUGAAGUUGGUGACAAGCCUCGACUGAAUAUCAAAGGAUACAUACAAGGCAAUGCUCUAACAGAUAGAUACAUCGACUCCAAUGGUAGAAUCAAAUAUGCUAAUCGUAUGGGACUUAUUUCAGAUAAGAUCUAUCAGUCCGCUAAAACAAAUUGCAAUGGGAGUUACUUUGACGUUGAUCCACAUAACAUAUUAUGUCUAAAUGAUCUUCAGAAAGUAACAAAGUGUCUCAAGAACAUACGACGGGCGCAAAUUUUAGAGCCUUACUGUGACCUUCCAUAUUUAAUGGGCAUUCUCCAAGAAACUCCUACAAAUGGCCAGUCAGUAUUUCCAAUUGCAGGACCAUGGUGUCGAGAAAAAAAUUACAUAUACUCGUAUGUUUGGGCAAAUGAUAAAGUUGUCCAGAAAGCACUAAACGUUCGUGAGGGAACGACAUUGGAGUGGGUGAGAUGCAAUGAAAGCAUGCAUUAUAGAGGUAAGGAGAGAACCGAGUCAUAUGUGUAUGAUGUCCCAAGUGCCAUUGAUGAUCAUCGCCAUCUCACCAGCAAAUCCUGUCGAGCACUAAUUUAUAGUGGUGACCAUGACAUGGUUGUUCCUCAUUUGAGCACGGAAGAAUGGAUAGACACUUUGAAACUGCCAAUUGCAGAUGAUUGGGAGCCUUGGUUUGUUGAUGCUCAAGUUGCAGGAUACAAAGUGAAGUAUUUGCAAAAUGAUUAUGAGCUGACAUAUGCAACUGUUAAGGGUGCGGGUCAUACAGCUCCUGAAUACAAGCCGGAACAAUGCCUGCCCAUGGUUGAUAGGUGGUUUUCCGGUGACCCUCUUUAAUUUCACCCUUGCAAGACAUUAAUGUACUCGUUUGUUUCUCUCGAUCACAUAAGUUGCUUCUUUGAGCAACAUCAGACAUUAAGCUUGUCUGUCAUGUAAUCUAGACAUGGAAUAUCACACGUUAGAGGUUG